CCAGUGGAGAGUUUAAGACGGUUUCUGUCCUUUUAAAAAGUUUUUUUUUUAAUCGAGAUAAUAAUUAUCCUUCAAGAACAUCUCUGCUACCAAAUUGGCAGUUACCACCGGCAGUUGAGCCCUGAAAAGACCGCCUCUCCCACGCAGAUUGGCUGCGCCACCGUCUGGCCGAGGAAGGCGGAGUUAAACCGCACAUAAGUCUGCGGGACCGGCCAUGGAGAAGCCGCUGCGCCCAGGGGUCGGAGUUGGGGUGGUGAUCACGAGCCUCAGGCACCCUGGUUGCGUCCUAGUAGGCAAGCGGAGAAGUGUCGUCGGCAGCGGCUUCUUCCAGCUUCCCGGAGGACACUUAGAGUUCGGUGAAAGUUUGGUAGAAUGUGCAGAGAGAGAAACUUUAGAAGAAGCUGCUUUGCAUCUAACAAAUGUGCAGUUUGCUUCAGUUGUAAAUGCUGCCAGUUUAAAGGAUAAUUACCAUUAUGUCACCAUCCUAAUGAAAGGAGACGUUGAUAUGAAUCAUGAAUCCGAACCAAAGAAUCUGGAACCUGAUAAAAAUGAAAGUUGGGAAUGGGUAAAAUGGGAUGAGUUUCCACCAGCCAAUAUACUCUUCUGGCCUCUACGCUGCUUAAGAGAACAAAAUUAUAAUCCUUUCAAAGAAGAAUUAAAUCACCUGAUUGGGUACACUGGAAAUCUAUAAAAGUUAUAUUUUAUGCAUUUAAAAAAUAUAUCAAUAGGCCCCUAUGAAGAGACUUUUGUUAUCAAUGUUAUCAGACUUUUGUUAUCAGUUGUACAUUUUCUCUAAAUACUUGAACUAACCUCUGUCAAUAGUGCAUGACUGGCAGUAAUCAUAUUCCCUCCAAAUGCUGUAUUUUGGCACACCGCUUCACAUAUUUUUCUUUACAACAAAUUUAAUGCAGACUUAAUGCAUACUUGUGAUACUUAUGGUUUUGUUAUUGGUCAAAGCAGCUGCAACAAUGCAUCCUAUAUUUUAUGUUACUCUGCUCUGUAAGAAAAGAUGAUUGUAUAGUAAAAGGAUUAUAGUUGUCUCCAUAAUUGAUAUGAUCCAGUCUAAUCACAAAAGGUCCAUAUUUUAAACUCUUCCCAUUCUAAUCCAUUUUGCUCUGAUUUAGGAGUACCACCAUUGGAAAGAAAAAUUACUACCAGCGUGAAAACCUUUUUUUUAUCAUGAAACUUUUCCAAUAAUGGGAAAAAACAUUAACAUGUUUUUAUGCAACUAUAUAACCCACAUUGUGUUUAGUUUUCCACUAGUUAUUUUUGCAUGAUACACUGAAUCAAAAUUUGUUCAGCCACAUUAAAAUAUAUUGUGUGAAUUUUGCCUUUAUGGUUAACUGAGUAAACCAGGAACUAUGAAAAUCCAUUUCAUGUUAACUGAGCCUUUAAUUUUUUAGGAAAAUUAUUUUU